AUGCCGGAUGUGGAUGUGGGUGCUAAGGUGGAUGUGCCGAAACCACAUAUUUCAAUCAAGGCACCGAAAUUCGGGUUCGGUCUGGGCAAGAAGAAGCCGAAAGUGAAGACUCCAAAGGCUGAUGUGAAAGUGGAGGGUGGAGCAGGUGGGGAGAUAGAUUUGGAUGCCGGUUUGGACGCUCACUUAGAUGGUAAAGCAAGAAAGGGAGGUAAGAAGUUCCAUUGGUCUCCUAAGUUCGGGUUGCCGAAGGGUGGUCUGAAGAUUGGUGGAGGUGCUGGUGUUGGAGUGCCGGACACCUCGGUGUCUGUCUCAGGUACGACUGGUGGUGUGGAUGUGUCUCUUCCGAAACCCGAACUCGAUGUCUCCAUGGAGGUUCCCGACGUUGAUGUGUCCGCCUCUGUGCCCGAAAUCGAUGUAUCAGGUGGUGUGAUUAGAGGUGGGGAGUUGGGACUGACUGGGAAAGUUUCUGCACCCGAUGUGGAUGUCAGUGUUCCAUCGAAGAAGAAGUUCACCUUCGGUUGGGGCUCGAAAGGCAAGAAGGCGAAGAAGGUGAAGUUGCCCACAGUGUCGGGAGACGUGGAUGCUAGUUUGGAUGUGGGUGGAAAGGUUGAUGUUCCCAGUGUGAAGGUCGAUGUGGACUCAGGUGAUCGAGUGAAAGGUAAGAAAUUCCACUGGUCUCCGAAUAUCUCAUUGCCAAAGUUGAAAGUGCAUGGACCAGAUGUGUCUGGAAAACUUCAUGCAGAUGCACCUGAUGUGAAUGUGAAUGUGACUGGUCCAUCUGUGGAGGUGCCAUCUCUGAAAGCCAGUGGUCAUUUGCCUACUGUCGAUGUGUCCGUUCCCGAUGCAUCGUUGGGAGGUGAUCUAUCCGGUAAGCUCGAUUUGGAUGGUGUCGGUGUGGGAGUUGUGGACGCCGAUUUGAAUCUGCCAGACCUACAGAUCUCAGGAAAUGUGAGCGCACCGUCUGUCGAGGGAGACCUAUCCAUGCCAGAUGUGUCCGCCAAUCUGGACACAGACGUGAAACUGCCCAGUGUGCAACUGACUGGUCCAGAUCUCCGUGUACAUGGUGAGAUGCCGGAUGUGGAUGUGGGUGCUAAGGUGGAUGUGCCGAAACCACAUAUUUCAAUCAAGGCACCGAAAUUCGGGUUCGGUCUGGGCAAGAAGAAGCCGAAAGUGAAGACUCCAAAGGCUGAUGUGAAAGUGGAGGGUGGAGCAGGUGGGGAGAUAGAUUUGGAUGCCGGUUUGGACGCUCACUUAGAUGGUAAAGCAAGAAAGGGAGGUAAGAAGUUCCAUUGGUCUCCUAAGUUCGGGUUGCCGAAGGGUGGUCUGAAGAUUGGUGGAGGUGCUGGUGUUGGAGUGCCGGACACCUCGGUGUCUGUCUCAGGUACGACUGGUGGUGUGGAUGUGUCUCUUCCGAAACCCGAACUCGAUGUCUCCAUGGAGGUUCCCGACGUUGAUGUGUCCGCCUCUGUGCCCGAAAUCGAUGUAUCAGGUGGUGUGAUUAGAGGUGGGGAGUUGGGACUGACUGGGAAAGUUUCUGCACCCGAUGUGGAUGUCAGUGUUCCAUCGAAGAAGAAGUUCACCUUCGGUUGGGGCUCGAAAGGCAAGAAGGCGAAGAAGGUGAAGUUGCCCACAGUGUCGGGAGACGUGGAUGCUAGUUUGGAUGUGGGUGGAAAGGUUGAUGUUCCCAGUGUGAAGGUCGAUGUGGACUCAGGUGAUCGAGUGAAAGGUAAGAAAUUCCACUGGUCUCCGAAUAUCUCAUUGCCAAAGUUGAAAGUGCAUGGACCAGAUGUGUCUGGAAAACUUCAUGCAGAUGCACCUGAUGUGAAUGUGAAUGUGACUGGUCCAUCUGUGGAGGUGCCAUCUCUGAAAGCCAGUGGUCAUUUGCCUACUGUCGAUGUGUCCGUUCCCGAUGCAUCGUUGGGAGGUGAUCUAUCCGGUAAGCUCGAUUUGGAUGGUGUCGGUGUGGGAGUUGUGGACGCCGAUUUGAAUCUGCCAGACCUACAGAUCUCAGGAAAUGUGAGCGCACCGUCUGUCGAGGGAGACCUAUCCAUGCCAGAUGUGUCCGCCAAUCUGGACACAGACGUGAAACUGCCCAGUGUGCAACUGACUGGUCCAGAUCUCCGUGUACAUGGUGAGAUGCCGGAUGUGGAUGUGGGUGCUAAGGUGGAUGUGCCGAAACCACAUAUUUCAAUCAAGGCACCGAAAUUCGGGUUCGGUCUGGGCAAGAAGAAGCCGAAAGUGAAGACUCCAAAGGCUGAUGUGAAAGUGGAGGGUGGAGCAGGUGGGGAGAUAGAUUUGGAUGCCGGUUUGGACGCUCACUUAGAUGGUAAAGCAAGAAAGGGAGGUAAGAAGUUCCAUUGGUCUCCUAAGUUCGGGUUGCCGAAGGGUGGUCUGAAGAUUGGUGGAGGUGCUGGUGUUGGAGUGCCGGACACCUCGGUGUCUGUCUCAGGUACGACUGGUGGUGUGGAUGUGUCUCUUCCGAAACCCGAACUCGAUGUCUCCAUGGAGGUUCCCGACGUUGAUGUGUCCGCCUCUGUGCCCGAAAUCGAUGUAUCAGGUGGUGUGAUUAGAGGUGGGGAGUUGGGACUGACUGGGAAAGUUUCUGCACCCGAUGUGGAUGUCAGUGUUCCAUCGAAGAAGAAGUUCACCUUCGGUUGGGGCUCGAAAGGCAAGAAGGCGAAGAAGGUGAAGUUGCCCACAGUGUCGGGAGACGUGGAUGCUAGUUUGGAUGUGGGUGGAAAGGUUGAUGUUCCCAGUGUGAAGGUCGAUGUGGACUCAGGUGAUCGAGUGAAAGGUAAGAAAUUCCACUGGUCUCCGAAUAUCUCAUUGCCAAAGUUGAAAGUGCAUGGACCAGAUGUGUCUGGAAAACUUCAUGCAGAUGCACCUGAUGUGAAUGUGAAUGUGACUGGUCCAUCUGUGGAGGUGCCAUCUCUGAAAGCCAGUGGUCAUUUGCCUACUGUCGAUGUGUCCGUUCCCGAUGCAUCGUUGGGAGGUGAUCUAUCCGGUAAGCUCGAUUUGGAUGGUGUCGGUGUGGGAGUUGUGGACGCCGAUUUGAAUCUGCCAGACCUACAGAUCUCAGGAAAUGUGAGCGCACCGUCUGUCGAGGGAGACCUAUCCAUGCCAGAUGUGUCCGCCAAUCUGGACACAGACGUGAAACUGCCCAGUGUGCAACUGACUGGUCCAGAUCUCCGUGUACAUGGUGAGAUGCCGGAUGUGGAUGUGGGUGCUAAGGUGGAUGUGCCGAAACCACAUAUUUCAAUCAAGGCACCGAAAUUCGGGUUCGGUCUGGGCAAGAAGAAGCCGAAAGUGAAGACUCCAAAGGCUGAUGUGAAAGUGGAGGGUGGAGCAGGUGGGGAGAUAGAUUUGGAUGCCGGUUUGGACGCUCACUUAGAUGGUAAAGCAAGAAAGGGAGGUAAGAAGUUCCAUUGGUCUCCUAAGUUCGAGUUGCCGAAGGGUGGUCUGAAGAUUGGUGGAGGUGCUGGUGUUGGAGUGCCGGACACCUCGGUGUCUGUCUCAGGUACGACUGGUGGUGUGGAUGUGUCUCUUCCGAAACCCGAACUCGAUGUCUCCAUGGAGGUUCCCGACGUUGAUGUGUCCGCCUCUGUGCCCGAAAUCGAUGUAUCAGGUGGUGUGAUUAGAGGUGGGGAGUUGGGACUGACUGGGAAAGUUUCUGCACCCGAUGUGGAUGUCAGUGUUCCAUCGAAGAAGAAGUUCACCUUCGGUUGGGGCUCGAAAGGCAAGAAGGCGAAGAAGGUGAAGUUGCCCACAGUGUCGGGAGACGUGGAUGCUAGUUUGGAUGUGGGUGGAAAGGUUGAUGUUCCCAGUGUGAAGGUCGAUGUGGACUCAGGUGAUCGAGUGAAAGGUAAGAAAUUCCACUGGUCUCCGAAUAUCUCAUUGCCAAAGUUGAAAGUGCAUGGACCAGAUGUGUCUGGAAAACUUCAUGCAGAUGCACCUGAUGUGAAUGUUAUUUUAAACGAUGCUGAUCAUAAUGUUUUAUCUUCUACUGUGGUUUCUUCCUUUAGUCCUUGUCUUGAUAAUACUCCUUCCUAUAUUUUGUCUGAUUCUUGCUUAUCUUCCGAAUUUUUGCAAUCUUACGUGCCCGAUUCUGUUUUGGUUGCCUCGGAUUCUGCUAUUACUUCCUCUGUCGUUACUUUCAGUCCUCCCGUCUUUUCUUCCCCUUUAUCAAGUGAACCAUUUGAAGUUGUUGAUUUUCUUCCUGUCGUUGAGGAACCCAUUAUUUCACCGUUUUCUUCACCGGAAUUUUGUGACUCCAGUACUCUUCCUUCUCGGAUUUCGCCUAGAAAUGCUUUUCAAGAUAUAGAUGAGAGCUUUUCAUCUCCUGUUGAUUCUGGUUUUAAUGGUGACAUUUCAAAUGAUGAGGCUGAAAUUGAUGAAAUUUUUAUUGUUCCCAUUCAAUCCAAUCGUAUUUUACCGAAAGAGCAAUAUUUUACUGAAUCACAGGACUUUGUAGGUGCUGAACCUGAAGAAAAAUCGUAUUCUCCUACUCAGAAUUCGGAUGCAACACAUGGGAUAAAGUCUGAUAAAAGUAAAUUACACAGUCCAUUUCAUACUUUGAAAUCAAAAAAACAUGAUAAAGAUUCUGUUCAUCGAGUGAAAGUUAUCGAUGCCAACGACCAAAUCUCAAAAAAUACUGAAAAACUUAAUGUUGAUAAUACUCAUUAUGGUAUCCCUGAUGGUUCGGGACGUAUCACAGUUGAUAGUAAGUCUAAGAAAAAGGUGAAAUCUCAUCAUAAGAAGCCACGCAUAUUCGGUGGUCAAAUAUCGACCAAUGAAAUUAUUUCAGAUACUCCCAUGAAACUGGAUCAUCAUGGAGACCACCACGACGUAAUAGGAAUAUCUUUUUCUGAUCAUAAUGCUGAUCUUGCUUUAACUCCUCGGCGCUCUCCCAGUAAACUGAGAGAUCCCUCUAUUCGGAAAACGUGGCAUGGUGCAAGAGAACCCUAUUCUGACUUUUUAGGAAGCCUCAAUUCAGAUCAAGAUGAAUACACUUUAACUGAAGAUGUUUCAGUUAGUUAUCUACAACCAAGGUCAACCACAAAAUCUUCAAACAUCAAUUCAUUAAACGCUUCUGACUUUCUUCGACGUAGUAUAGGAAAUUCAACAAAACGCCGCCCUUGGAGCACUUUAGAAUAUCCACCACCUGGGUGUCAUUUUGUAGACGAUGAUUACAUGUUCCCAGAUGCUUUAACACCGACUAAAAUUCCAAGUUUUCGAGCAAGCAAGGAAAUAGUUUAUGAUGUUCCAUAUAUAGACGAUAAAGCCAUUCCACGUUAUGAACCUGAAUGGCCUAUAGGUGAAUCAAGAAGAACAUUGAUAUCUCAACUCUCGCAGAAUAGUGGCAGUAUUGUUCGAAUGACAGCUGAGGAAGAAAGCAGUCUUAUAUCACUUGAUACUAAACUCUCUGAUCAUCAGAAUAUAUCCAAAAGAAUAAGUCGAUUUACAUCACAUCUUUUAAAAGGUAACAAAUCUUCAUUGGAACAAGAUAAUGAUGUUUCUAAACGUCGAUCGAAAAGUUUAACUCGAUUAAAAACAUGGUGCAUAACCAUCUAUUCAGCAUCUACAAUAAUAAUGAUAAUUAUUAUCUAA